GUUUUAAAACUGCGGGCACGUAAUACGAUGGCAUUGUCGUAAUUUGUUCGAUUAAGAGAUGCCCGCUAUAAAGUGAGAAAAAGCCGAUGCUUUUUGCUAGAAAUCGCAGAUCAUAAGAGCGAAAGAAAGAAAAAAAAUCCUUAGAUAGAGAGAGAAGGGCAAAAGACAGAGAGCAGGGAAAAUCUUCAUUGUGCCCCUUUUUUCAGAUUAAAAUCGAUUUUUAGCUGGAUGAGCACCAUCUGGGUCGCUUUGUUUCGGAUAUAUUAGGACAUUAUAAAAGGUGUGAAAGACAUUGUCUUUUAGCCAUAUGAAAAUGGACAAGAUGGGGUGCAUUGUUAGGGAGCCCAUGCAUGGCGAAGAUAAACGGCAGCAAGAAAGGGAGGAGGUGUAUGAAGAAUCCCUUGUUGAGGAUCUUGGGGAUGAUUUCUAUCUGCCCAUUAAUCACAGACCUACAGAGAAUCUUGACACUGAUAAUCUCGAACAAGCAACUCUGGACACACAACUAACAUCAUCAAAUUUAGGUUUCAGGCUGUUGCAGAAAAUGGGAUGGAAAGGGAAGGGACUUGGUAAAGAUGAGCAAGGUAUAAUUGAGCCAAUCAGGGCUGGAAUUAGAGAUCCAAAAUUGGGUGUGGGAAAGCAAGAGCAAGAUGAUUUCUUUACAGCAGAAGAGAAUGUUCAGCGAAGGAAGCUUGAUGUUGAACUAGAGGAGACUGAGGAGCAUGCAAAGAAGCGGGAGGUCAUAGCGGAGCGAGAGCAGAAAAUACAGACUGAGGUGAAGGAAAUACGCAAAGUGUUCUUCUGUGAACUAUGCAACAAGCAGUAUAAACUGGCUAUGGAAUUUGAAGUUCACUUGAGUUCAUACGACCACAAUCACAGGAAGCGUUUUAAAGAAAUGAGGGAAAUGCAUGGAAGUAGCAAUCGUGAUGAAAGGCAAAAACGAGAACAGCUACGUCAAGAGAGGGAAAUGGCAAGAUUUGCACAAAUUGUGGAUGCCCAGAAACAACAGCAACAGCAACAGCAACAGGAAGUAUCAGGUGUUCUCGCAUCUUCUAGCACAACGACAAGUGCUACUGCUCUUGCUGUCCCAGAUGAGCGACAAACUCUUAAAUUUGGAUUUUCUUCUAAGGCAACAUCAAAGACAUCAUUUGGUGGAAUCACCAAGAAACCAAAAGUUGCGGCCAAGGUGUCCUCCAUCUUUGGCGAUGAUAGUGACAAUGAGACGUGACCUUCGCUGUGCAGAGAGGAUCAUACAUAAGACGAGCUAUGUUUGAAAAGAAAGUGGUCCUUGUUUUUGCUUGUAUUUGUAUAAUUUGCUUCCCAUUUUGAAUUCUGGGAGUUAAGAAUUUAAACCUUUAACUGUCUUUCAUCAACUGUGUUUACUAUGAGGGGUAUUUUCUUUCUCUAUUAUUAUCCAACCCAAAUGCAACAUGGGGGUAAAUCAUGAUA